GACGCCAGCCGCCCCGCUCCGAAGAGCAGCAGCACCAUGCCCACGGCUGGGCAUGGAACAAAGAGGAUGCUCUCCCGGGGCCCCGCGCUGCUACUGGCGCCGCUGCUGCUUCUGUGUCGAGUGGUGGAGAGCCGAGGAGGGAUCAUGGACAGCAUACAGAGAUUUUCAAACCUGCCAACGUAUCUCCCUGCGAGCUAUCACAUCUGCAAUGCCGAUGUUUUCUUCUUCCUUAAGGAAGCCAACCAGGAUAUCAUGAGGAACUCCAGUUUGCAGUCUAGGGUGGAUUCAUUCUUUAUAUACAAAUCCAAACUACCACCCGUCCUAAAUGCCACGUAUGGACCUUUUUCUGUUGAACAGGCUGUUCCCUUGGACUUCAUGCUGUCUUCUGCAUCUUUUGGUUUCACAAAUAAAUUCACUUUUAAUUGGAAAUUAAGAUCACACAUAAUUGACAGCUCAAUCUAUUCCAACAAACCUAAAAUACAAACCUUGUUCUAUAUUGCGGGGAAAGACUGGGAUGACAAUAGUUCUGCGGAGAAUUUGCCUUGCGUGAAGAUGUUUGCCUUCCUGGAAUCUAGAGAAGUUGUGGCCAGCUGUAGAUUGACAGGUCAUCUUGGAUUAUGUGUUGCAGAGUUGGAAUUAUCUCCUAGCUGGUUCAGCUCCCCUCCACCCUUGGUUUCAGAGGAAACAGCUUCUCUGGAAGGGAUUACUGUGGAGCUCUUCUAUAAGAUUUAUACAGCAGAUGGGGAAUGUUCUCCAGAGGAUGCAAAAUGGGAAAACAGUAUCCAUGCAGGUCAAGAUAAUGAGCAGAAGGCUUUGCCAGCUAUGGAGAGGAUUGGUAGCAUCAUUGUUUACCCAAAUCAUGACAAAUUAAAACAGUCUUCACUGAGGCUAGAUGAGAAUGUCAUCAUCCGCUUGCCACUCAGCCCUGUCAGAGAAGGUGACGUUGUGACCUUUCAUGUUUCCCUGGCCGAUGACUCUCUAGCAGACCAGUUUGUAUUAAGAAUUAGGACAGCCCCAGGCGUGAAGAUCAUGGACGUCAGAGUCACUGAUGCAGACCAGUGGGGGGUUCAGGAAGAGACAGAUAGCGCAAGGACCACUGCCACAAUCACCUGUGCGCACAAUGACCCAGACCCAGAGAGCAGAGCAAACAUCUCCUCCUAUGAGAUCCUGCAGAUGGACUUUGAGAUUGACAAUGCUAGCAGCCUGGCAGGGGCCCAGCAAAUUACCUGGCAGGUGGAAUACCCUCGAGAUGACUCCCUGAGUGAACUGGUGGUCUCUGAGAUCUUUGUCAGCCAAACUGUGUUUGCUGGAAUUGUUCCUCUUGCGAUGGACACGGAAGUCCUUAACACGGCCAUCCUGACAGGCAAAACAGUGUCUGUUCCAGUCAAGGUCAUUGCUGUGCAGGAGGAUGGGUCGGUAGUUGAUGUUUCGGAGUCCACUGAGUGCAAAUCAGCUGAUGAAGACGUUGUAAAGGUUUCUGACAGAUGUGACUCCAUCUUCGUUAAUGGCAAGGAAAUGAAAAGCAAAGUGGAUACUAUUGUUAACUUCACUUACCAGCAUUUUACCACCCAAUUAGAAGUGACGGUCUGGGUUCCACGCCUCCCACUGCAGAUAGAGAUAUCUGAUACAGAGCUUAGCCAGAUCAAAGGCUGGAGGAUACCUGUCACCUCCAAUAAAAGGCCUACCCGUGACAGUGAGGACGAAGAGGAUGAUGAGAAAAAAGGAAGAGGUUGCACCCUUCAGUAUCAGCAUGCCAUGGUGCGAGUCCUCACCCAGUUUGUAGCUGAAUCCUCUGAGCUUGGAGGCCACUUGACCUACAUGCUAGGCUCUGAGUGGCAGUUUGACAUCACUGACCUCGUGACUGAUUUCAUGAAGGUAGAAGAACCCAAUAUUGCUAAGCUUCAGGAUGGCCGAGUGCUCGUUGGUCGGGAGCAUGGCAUCACCACAGUCCAGGUUCUGUCACCUCUUUCUGAUUCCAUCUUGGCGGAGAAGACAGUGGUAGUUCUAGAUGACCGUGUAACUAUUACAGAUCUAGGAGUACAACUAGUUUCAGGCUUGUCCCUUUCCUUACAAAUCAGCAAAGGAAAUAAGAGAGCUAUUGUUUCUACCACUUCUGCCUAUGAUAUUCUUCAUACUCCAAAACAGGAAGCCAUAGUCAGUGCCUGGAUUUUGUUCAGUGAUGGGUCAGUGACACCAUUAGAUAUUUAUGACUCCAAGGAUUUCUCAAUCACCGUCACUUCACUGGAUGAGAUGGUAGUGUCUACGCACCAAAACCUUCAGUCAAAAUGGCCUGGGGUAGUAGCAGAAGGGGAUGGGCAAGGACCUCUGAUUAAAAUUGAAAUGGUCAUCAGUGAACCAUGUCAGAAGACUAAGAGAAAAAGCAUUCUGGCUGUUGGGAAAGGUAGCGUUAAAGUGAAGUUUGGUCAAAAAGAUGCUGACCAAAAAGGAAGCAGUAAUGACAUUGAUGAGACAGAUAGAGAUUUUAAAAGCCAUGCAAGCAAUUCUAUAGAAAAACCUGCAGAACAAGAUAGGACAGCACAGGAAUGGUCCAAAAAUGUAGCCCUUGGUGAUCACGAGGACAAUGCAAACAAAAGCACAACUUUAAUAUCUCCCAUUGAUCAGGAGUCCCUUGAGAAUGACCAGCUCCAAAAUAACCCAACUGCCUUUACAGGUUUCCCUGUGCAAGUAGAAAUACCAGGAGAAAACAAUCCCAGUGAUCUCACAUUGACUUCAAGAGGAUUAACAGAUUUGGAGAUUGGCAUGUACGCCCUGCUGUGUGUUUUCUGCUUAGCAAUCUUGGUCUUUUUGAUUAACUGUGUGGCAUUCGCUUGGAAGUACAGGCAUAAAAGAUUUGCUGUGAGUGAGCAAGGCAACAUCCCCCAUUCCCAUGACUGGGUCUGGCUUGGAAAUGAGGUUGAACUGCUGGAGAACCCAGUUGACAUUUCACUCCCAUCAGAGGAGUGCACUACCAUGAUUGACAGAGGAAUGCAGUUUGAAGAAAGCAACUUUCUCCUUAAUGGGAGUUCUCAGAAGACUCUUCAUAAUCAUAUCCUCAGAUCUUCUGAGUACAUUUGUGAAAAAGAAGUUAAAAGUGAACCUAUAAAUCCUUCUGGGCCAAAGCAGAAGCGAGUGAAGUUCACUUCCUAUACAACAAUACUGCCAGAGGAUGGAGGCCCCUACACCAACUCAAUUCUAUUUGACAGUGAUGAUAAUAUUAAAUGGGUAUGCCAAGAUAUGAACCUUGGUGAUUCCAAGGAACUUAGGGACUAUAUGGAAAGACUGCAAGACAAUAUUUAAAACUACUUUCUUAUGUUUGUAAUCACCUUUAUGCCUUCUGUUUAUGGAUGGUGGAGCAGUCAGUCCAGUCAGCAAUAGGAACAAGACAGUCCAACCUUGGAGUUACUGAGAAGUGGAGCUUAUAUCACUGAGCAGGUACAAGAGGCUGGCUGAGUUAAAGCUGUUUCACCACAAACCAGGAUGUGCCCCUAAAACAGCUACCUGUAGUUGUUGGAGGUGUCACACAUGAUGGCUGUUUUUGUAUACUGCCUGGUACUAGCAAAAUGCUAAUACAACUAAGCUCAGACUCAGAGGAGACUUCAUUUGUUUGUCAUCUCUCAUGAUAAAUGGUUAAUCAGAAAAGAAAGGGAUCUUUUUUUGCAUUGGUUUUUCUAGUUGUCGUCCUUUGUAAAGCACAGUGGACAUAUCUUGCUUAUAGCCUGAAACAAGGUGUAUGUUAAAAUGGAUCUAAAUGAACCUAAUUUCAUUGCCUAUGUGCAAUGCAGCCAAGUAGUCUUAUUAUUUUUUACACGUAUAAAAAAAACCCAUGAGGUUAAUUUCUUACUGCUUAUGAAUUUUAUUUGACUUAGGGAACAUUAUUUUCUUGGAAGGAUUUUUUUUUUUUGGUUGUACCAAAGUGUAGUACAGUAAUAUUUAUAAUGAUUUAAGUUUUCCAUUCAUCUGCAUCAGACCCUAGAGAUACCUCCUUCAUCACUGAUUAUCUUUUUCCUUUCCAUAUGAGUAUAUGGGUCGUUAGUAUUUGAAACAUAGAAAGGUAUUAGAACUCUUACUGGGAAAGGGUUGUAUCUUCUUACAGGGAACUGUAAAUACAAUAAUAAACCCUGGAAUAUAAAAAUCAAGGAGUAGCCCUGGGUUUACUUUUGUCAUUGCUAAUAUGAAAAGGUAACUUCCAACCAAACAGCACACACGCCAAUGGAAAACGCUUUUCUGAAACAGCAGCUUGAUUGACAAAACACAUUACCAGAAUGAGAAAGCCACAUAUGGUAUUGAGAUGCAUAGAAUAUGAAGGAAAUUUCCCAGCAAAUAAAGAAAGGUUUGGAGUCAGUUUACUCUUUACUAAUAAAUUAAUACAUUGACGAUAAGAGUUUAGCAGGACAGAAUUCCAUGUACAACAAGUAGUGCCCCAGACCUUGUCUAAAACAUCACUGACCUUAUGGCUGCUGAAGAGAAAACAUUUAUACUGUGUUUCAUUUAAAAAAGAAGCAGGAAAGAAAAGGCAUACUGGGCACAUUAUAAAAUGGCUAUUUGCAGUUUUAUCAAGGAAUACAUGCUGCAGACUCAAAGUUGCUUUCGCACAUGCAUUACAUGUAUUUUUAUAUUGAAGAAUGACUGAAAUAUGCUGAAAAAAAUAGAAAAAAAAAUGAAACUAAAUAAUGAUUAAAAAAAACCACAAGAAUAAAGCACAUGUUCUUAUGAUGGAUCUUGUGCAAUGUACACAAGAUCCAAACUACAGCUGCCUUACGUGUCAUAAUUCCCAUCUUUUAGGUAGACUGAGAUUGGAUUUGAAUUUCCUAAUUCUGCUCUGAUAUUGGAACACAGAGAAGACAACUUUUAUUCAAGGAAAUUCUGGAUUUGGUUCCUAAACCAUAGCUUGGAACAUGUUUACUGUAACUACUAAAAAAUACUAGAAUUACGAUAGUGAGACUACAAAGGAGAAUGAGGACACCAGGUUUAUAUAAGAUAUUAAAGACAUGCUUGCUGGCAUUGAACUGCAUAGUGCGGUGAUGGCAUCUGUUAUAAUCCAAUUAUAAGCAGAUAAAAUAACAAACCACAGAGAUGUUUCCAUUUGAUAAGGGAUGUGGUACUUGUGCAUCAAUUGAAAUCUUUGGAUCUUCAGCAAACGUUCUUUCCUCUUUAAAUGAUCCAGAUCUCAUGAGGAACUAUUCUUACUAAGAUCCUCAUUAUUAACAGCAGA